CAGGUCACGAGGGCGUAUUUUGCCUUGGCACCCUGUCGUGCUCCGUUCUGCUCGCACAUUUCAAUCGCAUCGGGGUUUCAGCGGUAGUGAUGGCGUCGAGGAUGGGGCUGGUGCGGAGAGUGAUGCAGAUGCAGAGACAUCGGGGAGGCCACGGCGGAGGGGGUAGCUGGUUUGCGCCGGGGACGCAGGAGGGUCCCAAUGGAAUCUUGUUCGGGGAGACGCCCCUCGCACCCGGCCAGAAGCGCAAAUGGGAAGAUUGGGAAGCACCUUACUAUCUCACUGGGGUCUUGACCACGCUCAUGCUCACGGUCGGGCUUGUAGCGAAGCCCGACACUCGGAUCGAGUCCUGGGCGCACAAGCAGGCCCUGGAGCGUCUCGCAGCGGAGGAAGAAGCCGAGGCCAAUUAGGGUUUCGUUUGUUUUUGGUGGUGUACAGCCUUGUCGUGAUUCUUGGAAUUGCUGCGAGCUGUUCAUGGUUUCGCGGUUAGGUGUUCACAUUCAAUGCUGAAGUAGCUAUGAUUUUCGUUCUUCGAGUUGUGAUUAGAGCCGUUCGGAAUCAACCCAAGCUCAGUGAGAAAUAAUUCGACGGUUGGGUUUGUUUCUUUCUGGAUUUUUUUUCUUCCAGCUCUUUAUCGGUCUUGUGAUGGUUCAUUUCUUCUUGAGGAACACAUUGAUUCCUCACAUGUUUAUAAGGAACGUUUCCAAUUGCGGGACAUGAAUCCUGAUCAAUAAGGGUGUAUCAAGACCAGUGUAAGGAGCACUACGUCUAAGAUGGAUUGUGUUUUGUGUGAA